AUGGAACUAGCGGAUUAUGAUAAAAGACGUUUGAAUCUAUUUUUGAAAGCAAACGGAUUCUUCUUAAGGAAGCUUGGGCCUUCCGAACAUGUCUUUAUGGGUGGUGACAAUAAUAAUGACGCGCAAGGUGAUCGAUAUAGUUGGUGUAAGAUUCCAAAUGCGGCGACCAAGAUUGAUGGCCUUCACUUGUCCGAAAGACUGGAACAAAUACAAGAGUUUGAGGUAGAUUUAAGUAAGGGAGCGGAUUCUAAAUACGUUGAAGGUAUAAUCUCCAGGGGUUCUGAUAUGGAGCCUAUCUGGGGUAACGGUAAAAUUUGUGACCCUGGCGAAAUUCUUUUACCAAAUUAUUAUCAGAUAAAAGUUAGAGAAAUUGGAUCAUAUCCUGUUCAUGUUUUCCAACAUAGGAGUGGAUGCAAUAACUUCAUAAUUCUUCAAAAUCGAUAUGCACUAUACAUCAGUUCAGUAAGAACUAUUAAAAUCGUGGAUCUUACUCAUUUAUCCACACAUAAUGAAAUACUAGAUGCCGAACAGAAUCUUCUUAUUGAUGAUUUGUUCACCAAUUCCUCAAAUGAAUAUACACUCUCAUUGAUGGAAAGACUUCCCUCAUUUAUGGGAGUGACUGUAUUGGUAUUUGGGGACUCCGCCGGAAAUGUAUCAUUCUACAGAGAAUCAUCUUUUAUAACAAGCUUUUCUGCUGUUCCAGAUAAAGCUGUACUUAACCUGCGCUUACCUUCCGAAAGAACUAAAGUUUUAAGUUGCGAUUAUGUUGAUCAAUCGUCCAAUCUCACAAUCUUUUCCAGCAAGGAAGUGUUGACUGUGUUGUUUUUUGAUUCAAAAGAGCGAACUCCUAUCUCAGAUGAAAUUACUUUCCCUGCCAGCUUAUCAUGCAUUACAUUUUUGGAUUGUACAGUGAAUGGGUUCAUAGUUAUUUGUGAAGAUCGAACAGCAACUAAAUUCACCUUACACUUUCCCAUAAAGACUUUACAGAGUGGGCAGAUAUAUUAUGAGCUUCUUGAGGAUAGUAAAGCCAUAGAUAGUCAUGGAUUAUGUUCGCACGAUGAAAGUACAUUGAUAUCGAUAUCCAAGGACGAUUUUCUUUCAGUGCCGAAAUAUGAGUUUUUGACAUUAUCUUAUAAUACUAGUAGAAAUGAAGAAACUGUGCGCCAAAUAUAUCAAAACAGCAUGAUUUUGGAAGUACUCCCUUUGUAUCCAUCUGAAUCAAAUUAUUUGGGGUUUGGGGCAUCUAUUGCUCAAAUAGAAGUUCCAAUUCCAAAUUUCUCUCUCCUCUAUCGAAACGAUGAAUCACUUGUCAACUGUCCUAUAGAAUUGAGGUAUACCGCAUAUCAAAAAUAUGGAAAACAUUACCACGAGGUAUAUGUUAAUAAAAAGGUACUCAACGAAUCAUUUUCACAGGAUCCUGAUUGCUAUAUAUCCAAACGAUCACAUGGUUAUGGUGAUUCUAAAGUCGGUAAGGUGCACGUAACCUCUGACCGGUCUGACGUACGACAGACAAGAAUUGGUUGGGAGAUUGUUUCGGAUGCGGAGCUCGACUUCUGUAAAGACUACAAGGAUAAAUUUCUAUCUUUACAAGAUCAAGUAGAAACUUUAAGAAUCGAAAGGAAAGGGUAUCCUUGUUUUGAUCUCCAGUUUAUAGACAAUAUUGAGUGCUCAGCUGAUUUAUUGAGACGUAUCUACUUCCACAAGACCUGGAAAUUUACUCAAAUUAAAUCCUCAGAAUUGAAAAGUGGAGAAUUUUCUCCUUCUAAUAUUAAAGAUUGUUUCACCGCUAGACAACUAGAUAUCCCUAUACUGAAUCGCAUUGAUAAAGAUGCUGUUGAUGAAUACGUGGAUAAAUCGAUAAUUAAAUAUCUUCGGAUUUGCGAUGAAUCAAGAUUUAAUAACGAUGGUCCAAAGUUUUUUUCAAAGACAUCAGGAAGUAAUUUCAUAUUUGAGGCUACUUCGACUUUUGAGACCAGUUUGCUUGGAACAGAUCCAAUUAUCAUGAAUGCAUUUACUAGGCCGAUAUUUCCCUUGAAUUUCAACUGUGUUGAUCUCUCAAGCAACAAAAUAAUGGUUUGUCACUUACGCGAAAUAAAUUGCAUUGUGGUUGCAAAUGGCUCUGGACUAAUGUUUCUUUAUCGAUUAACCGAGUGGCGUGGCAUUUAUGCUUUCAGAUUUGAGAAGAUUUUAAAUAUCCUUCGAAUUCAGGAUAUAUGUGACGAUAGUGAUGACGAAGAGAGAUCGACGUUUUGUGAAACUAACAGAAGAUUCACACAAAAUAACUCAGACUUCCAUCACACUUGCAACGAAUGUAGACUUGUUAUCAAGUACCCAAUGGUUCAAAGUAUGGAUUACAUACAUAUGCCCGAAACUAAUGCGGUAUUAUUAUAUGUUUGUACCACAGCCUGUCUGGUAGUAUACGAAAUUUCCCCCAAUGACUUCUCCAGAUAA